AUGCAAAUUCUGGCCGAGCACGCGUUCAUCCGGGGCGAAAAGUCAGUUGAACUCGUGCAAGCGCUGCAAAUCACUUCUCUGUGGUAUCGCGCCUUCGGGAACUACAGUCAUAUGAACUUGACGCAGUUGAUCCAGACUGCGGUGUCUAUGGCGGUGGACCUCGGCUUGUACAAGGCUCAACGCCUCAAGUCGGACUGCAGUACGUCUGAAGUCCAGCUCGAUGCAGAGGCAAAACGCGCAUGGCUGGGCUGCUUUCUGUUGUCUUCGAGCCUCUCCUUGAUCAAAAGAAGUCCUGGCAUUGCGACAUGGACCUCCACCAUUGAUCGGCUGAUCGGUAAUCUCCGGCUCGCGCAGGCAUGCCCAUCAGACACCUUUUUCUGCGAUCUGGUUGAGUUGGAGCGCAACUACCGCGACGUAGAUCUACGGCUACAUUUGAGUGAUUACGUGGAGUCAGUAUCACUCCGAGAUCCUCAGACUGUGCAAUUUAUUGGCGAGUAUGCAUCCAUGUUCGAAGCCCGGUGUGCUGACCGUCCAUCUCUCAACCAAAACUUAAUUCUGAAAUUUGGCAAGUUCACUGGCUUGCUAUAUGUCCACGAAAUUGCGCUUCACAUAGACAAUAACGUCGCGGAGUUUGAAGCCCCAUUCUCUCCUACCUCUUUGCAAUCAUUCCAAAUCAUGAGCAAGGCAGAAGGCCAAGUUCAGCACGAGAUGUUAGGCAGAGUAUCAGGGGCUCUGCAGGGACUUCUGGAUACGUUUCUCUGUUUUCCCGUCCUUGACAUGGCCUCUCUUUGUCCGCACAUCUACGGCGGUCGGGUCAUAUACGCUGUGAUCUUGUUGAUUAAGCUGCACAAAGCCGCAGGAACAGCCCCGGAGGACUUUGGUAACGAACUUGAGUUGGAUAGAGCACGACUUCAGAGCUAUCUGGGCAGCCUUGAGGCAAUCUCCGAGGCGCUUCUUGCCCGAGACGAACGGAGUACCUUGGGGAGAUCUUUGCUCAUAAUGAAGCAGCUCAAAGACUGGCUGGCGAUUGAUCAAGCCCAGUGGAAGCGAGAUCCGUUGAGUCAGCGCUUACAUCGGGAUGAGAACGACGAAACAACCUCUACCAUCCCAACAGCAGACCACAGCAACCGGCGACAAAGCGAGAGGGUUAACGCUGACUGGUUCUGGGAAGAUUUCCUUGAUUUCGACUUGCCCGACCUCAUAUUGUAA